AUGAAUACCUACCUGGAUGGGAUAAUAGAGGCCAUGCCUGUAUUUGCCAAGGAGCUGAUUGCUGGUGGUGUUGCGGGUGGUGUUGCAAAGACUGUUGUUGCACCACUUGAGCGUAUCAAGAUUUUGUUUCAGACCAGAAGAGCAGAGUAUCAGAGCAUAGGGCUGUUUGGAUCCAUUAAAAAAAUUGCAAAGACAGAAGGGCCUUUAGGUUUCUACAGAGGAAACGGAGCUAGUGUUGCAAGAAUUAUUCCCUAUGCAGCUUUGCAUUAUAUGACCUAUGAACAAUACCGCAGAUGGAUUAUUCUCACCUUUCCUGACGUGGGGCGUGGACCUGGUCUAGAUCUUGUGGCAGGGUCUUUUGCUGGAGGAACAGCUGUGCUUUUUACAUAUCCUCUUGAUUUAGUUCGGACUAAGUUGGCUUAUCAGGUUGUUGGUUCACCGAAGUUAAACGUUCAAGGGGUAGUAAAUACUGGACAAAUUUAUAAAGGAAUUCUUGAUUGUUUCUCGAAGACUUACAGAGAGGCUGGACUUAGAGGCCUCUACCGCGGUGUUGCUCCAUCACUUUAUGGAAUCUUCCCAUAUGCCGGUUUGAAGUUUUACUUCUAUGAGGAGAUGAAGCGCCAUGUCCCUCAGGAGCACAAGAAGAGUAUUAUGGUCAAACUUGUAUGUGGUUCUGUUGCUGGUCUAUUAGGUCAGACUUUUACAUAUCCCCUCGAUGUGGUGAGGAGGCAAAUGCAGGUUCAACGAAUCGUGUCAUCAAACAGUCCAGAGAUGAAAGGGACAAUGGAAGUCCUUGUCAUGAUCGCUCAAAAGCAAGGAUGGAAGCAAUUAUUUUCAGGACUUAGCAUCAAUUACUUGAAGGUCGUACCAUCUGUAGCAAUCGGGUUUACAGUUUAUGAUGUUAUGAAGUCCUACCUUCGAGUUCCGUCAAGGGAUGAAGCUGUGACAAAAUUGGUAACCAACAAAAGAAAUACCCAUCCAUCCUCCCUUCACUCCUAG